CCCCUCACGCUCAAUGCUCACGCGGUACACGUAUCGUUCACUCAACGGUCCAAGGGAAAAGCCUUCAAUUCAACGAAGAGUGUGUGAAAAGAGCUUUGAUUUUCUUCGAUCUUGAGCGCUUUGCCUUUGCCCUUGUUGUCAACAUUUGCUUUGGAUGUUGCCUACCCCAUCUAUGCCUAUGCAACAGAAAAGAGAACAGAAACUACUGUGCUGUGCCCUCUCUGAGAGACAACAGCUAUGUCCUGCCACUGCUACUGAACUGCUAAUGUUCAGUGCUAGUGGUAUCUGAUUGUUAAAGAUUCAAGGCUCGGAGGUGAUUGAAAAAGAUGGCAAUGGUUUCAGGAGGAAGGUCGACAUUGAACCCCAAUGCACCUCUUUUCAUUCCUGCUGCUUUCCGCCAAGUGGAGGAUUUCUCUCCGGAAUGGUGGCAACUGGUCACAACCUCAUCAUGGUACCAUGACUAUUGGCUCAGCCAGCGUCAGGGUGAGGAUGGUUUCUAUGACAAUGCUGAGGAUGACUUUGAUGGCAUCGAUGUAGCUGACUUGCUGCCAGAGACUUUUGAAUUUGAUGAUGGUGGAGAUUUUUCAAAUAUGGAAGCUCAAUUUGAGGAGUAUUUUGUCCAAUCUUCUGAACACAAAGGCUUGGAAAUGAAUGCUGAAACACUGGUGAAGAAUCUGAAAACUUUGGAUGAAAGAGGUCCCAAGUCCCCUGUUCAACCUGCAAAGAAGUAUAAUGAGAAGCCAGCCAAAUAUGUGAACCCGAAAUGCAGCCCCCGACGCAUCCAGCAGCCUCGCUGAAGGGAGCAAGCUUGUAGCUCUGUUUCUAGUGUCAAAUCAAAUCAAUGUCUCUCGCAUUUCGCAUUCUGCAGCUUUUGUAUAGGGCAAGGUCGCAACUCUUGUAUCCAUCCUUGUUCAUUCUCGUGUCCUUUUAUCAGUUUACAGUUAGCUUACCAACAAAUCCUUGGAAUAGAAAAUUAGAAAAAAAAAAAAAAGAUUGUAAAAAUGACAAGACAAAAAAAGAAGAGGAGGUUCUGUUUAUAAGGAAAUGAAAAAUUUUCCGCUCGUCCAAUGCGUUUGAUUUCUCAA